AUGACCUGCUCCCACAAUGUGGUCUUCCUCUUGGACACGACAGAUUCUGCAGAGAAAGAUCACCUUCACCUAGGCACCUUGAGGGUCUUGAACUUCUUGGGUUGCAAGUUUGGUCUAGCUAAGGUCCAAUGGGAUUUCAAAUUCUUUGACUCCAGUGGAAUCCGUGGCUGGGCUUCGCGAGUAGGCAGCUUCCGGGAGCUUGGGUCCCGCAGCUGGGAAGACUUUGAGGAAGGGCUGGAAUCCAGGUUCGGGAAGCAGCUCUUCCCUCUGGGCUCACCUGGCCCAACGCCACGAUCCACCAUCACUCGGAACAUUCUGAAAGAAACGCUGCUGGACUAUCAGUGGGAUCGCCCUGAAAUAGUCUCUCCUACCAAGCCAGUGCUGAGGAGCCAGAAAAAUAAAUUAAUAGCGAUUGUGGACAACCCUCCGGCGCAAUCCACUCAUGCCGGCUUUGCUAACGCCAUUUUCAUCUUGUCUCCCUGCCCUCAUUCUCAGAGGGAACUAUGGCAAUUUAUUUCUGGGAACUAUGCUCCUUUCCCAGAAGAACUGCCUCCUUCACAUGACCUGGCUGAAAAAUUCCUCCCUAAGGGAAUCCAAGACAUGAUGGUCAGUCAUAAAGUCACUCUAUAUUGGAUGGACACCUCUGAAUGGUCCAAGCUUCUUGAACCCCCUGAUCACGUGGGCUACCUCACAUUGCUUGAAGUGAUGUGCAUUCUGGGAGGCACCAUUGUGCCAUCUGAGGUCUUAACGCAGCAUUUAGACCACCAGAGAAAAAAGACCAUCCCAGCUUCCCCCGUUGAGCAUUCAUCUUCCGAACCGUCGUUCACUCCUUGGACCAAAAUACUGCCCUUGGAUUCCUCUUUGAACUGCUUGUUUUCCUCGCGCUCUUCUUUACGAACAUCCUUCCCAUAUCUGGACGGCGUCCUGCUCCUGACGGCGGAUGGAAAAGAAGAAGCCCAGAGUUGUGCUGUGGUGCUGGAGCCUCUAACCUUGAACCAGAGGAACUUUGAAGGGACAGUCAAGAUACAUCUUAAAUGCACCAUGACGGACUGGAAGUCAGCGCACGUUAGAAAUCUUCACACGGAGAGCUGGACACUCCAGAGUAAGCCAUUGGGACCUUCAGUUCAAGACAUUUCUUGGUUCCAGCAGUUUGUAAAAUAUAUUCUGGCUCAAGGACUUCAUAUGGUGGCUGAAGUGACAUUUUCAUCUGGAGCUCAUUCUCCUUGUACGGGAAUUUUCUCCCCCAUCUCUGGCACCACCGCACUUCUUUCUCUGCUCUUUGCUGAGCAAGUGGCAGAAGCUGAGCUCUCUGUCCUUCAGGCACCUGUGGCAGAAAACUUUUCCAAGGAGGAGGACUUCUGCCUGCCAGAAGUUGUGAGCAGCUUGCUAAAUCAAGUUAUGGAGGACUCAGAGGAAAACCACCAACCAAGUCCUGAAAGUUUAUGUCCAGGAUUGGCCCAGCAGGAGCUCUCCCAGGCUCAAAACUGGAGUCCAGCAGUCCUUGAAGAUUGGUACAGUGUGUCAAACCUUUGUGGGGCAAACUCACACAUGAUGGAGUCAUUCAGGAUGCUGCAAGCAAGUUCUACUAAAAACGAAGAGGAAACAUCAAAAUCAGAAGUGGAGCUGAGACAGUCCCUAGCAGAGUUUUAUCAGAAAAUAAAUUCUGAGUGUACAGUUUCAUCUCACCCUCAAGAUCAGAAAAAGAGAUGUGGGGUUCCCCGGACUCCUAUUAGGCAGAAGAUGAAAACCAUGCCCCGUUCUCUUCAAAUGCUGAACGCUGCCAUGUUCAACGUGAAAGCUCAAAAACACCAGCCUGGUAGAGAGCUGCCAGCACAUAAAAAGCCACGCCAAAGGCUGCUUUCCAGAAGAUUGGAUGGCAAAGGGGAAGGAAACGGAAGGAAACGGAAAAGCAAGAUAGACUUCAGUACUGAAGAUGAAAUGCUUUCUUACCUCAAUACAAACUACCAGAAUGCUAUGAUGGACGGAGAAAAAUUGUUUGCACGUUCUCAAGAUAUGGUGACAGCUGUUAAUACAUUUCAGAAAUCCAGUGAGGCAACUUGUUUAGACACGAUCCAAAGAAGUCUCCUGAAGACCACCAACAUUCUUCGUCAGCAACUUGCCACUGAUCCUGACAAAGAAACCAGAAUCAAAGAGUGCCGACUUCAAGUAUAUUUGCGCCUGGAGAUAUGCCUGCAAUGUCCUUUUUUGCAAAAUAACCCAGACAGAAUGGGGCAGCUUGUGCAAGAGAUGACGGAGUUACUUAGGAUGUUGUGCUUGACUAAAGAUCCAGGAUACCUCAGCGGUUUUCUGGAAGAAGUUGUAGACAUCUAUUUGGAGUCUAUGCCCAAGACUCUUGGUGAUUUGUACUACAGUCUGGGAACAGAGAUUCCUGCUAAGUUAGCUUCCGUCCUCCCAGAGGAUUUCUUUAGUGAUAAUUCCAUCCCUGAAGAGACACAGACUUCAUCCCUUCCUGCCUCUGCCGCCUCUCUUCCACUCUCUAAAGCAGCUUCUUUAAGUGCUGAAGCAGACGAGCUGGAAGAACUACGCACCCGAUCUGCCAAGAAACGAAAGCAUCCGUUAACCAGACAUAGGAGUAUCACAGAAAUGUCGCAGAAUUUACGCCAGAUAGAAAUUCCUCAAGCAUCCUGGAACCACAGGAGAAAGGACACUUCUCAUGUGCCCCUGAAUGCUAAACUGGCACCCAUUUCCAAGAAAAUGGGAGUGCAAGAAGUGACAAAGGUGAGAAGAAAUCUUUUCAAUGAAGAAACUCUAUCUCUGGGUAAAAGUUCCUUACCAAAGAUGGUUCGGAGCCAGUCAGUUUCCAUUUUAGAAGAUCUAAAACAUAAACGCAGCAGAUCUAAAGAAGAUAUUAGAGCUCAUCACAAGCUAUUGACCAAAAGGGUGGCAGAAACCCCUUUGCACAAGCAGAUGUCCAAGAGGCUGCUUCAGAGGCAGAUUACAGGCCGGUGCUCAGAUCCUGGGUCUGAUGUUGGCAUUGUAGAAGAAUCUCCUGAGAAAACCAUAACCUAUGGCUUAAGAAGUCCGCGGAUCAAGCAAUUGAUGCAGGAUAAAUUUCUCUCCAGCAACAUCCACUCCCUAGAGCCAAACAAGAGGAACACACCACAAGUGCAGUCUGCGCAUCUGGAAGAACCAGGUCUGGCUUCACCUCCCGUAAAAGCCCCCCAAUCGCCAAAGAGUAUACUUUUUAGAGAAGUUUUGGGUGGAUUUAGUUUGGGGAGAAGGAGCUCUCCCCAAAUGAGAAGAAAACAACUUGCCUUUGAUGAGCCUGUUCCUCAGGCACCAGGGAAGAAUUCUUUUCAGUCUUCCCAGGAGCUCUUAAAUCCCAAGGGCAGCACGCUGAGAAGAUCUCCUCGGAUCCAAGAAAGACAGACUCCCCAGAAAACUCCAGCCCUUAAAAACUCUGUGGCCAAAUGUUUGGGAAAUCUUUUCUCUCCUCCAAGACAGAAAAGCAAAUCCUUGCCUACAUCCACUGAAAGUCAGGAAUCCCGUCUGCCUUGGAUUGUGGAGAAGAAAGAUGGGCAUCCUUCCUCACCCAAGGCAGCAGAACUCCAAACUCCAGAGAAGCCACCACUCUCUGACAUGCUGGAUGAUGUGUUUGCUUUGCCUGCAGAUGGUCCCGAUUCACCCAUCGUUCUGUCACCUCCUUCAUCCCCAUUUGCUCUUCAGUGGAAGUUGUGCUCAGAACUGCAAUCCCCAAGGAGUUCCGUGAGCAUCGCCCCACAAAUAAUGCCUACGGUUUUGGCGGAGAACCAGACUUUUGAGAUACGAAGAAAUACCUGUCCUGAGCCAAUCUCAUCGGUGAACUUCCCCUCUCUGUUGCCAUCAUCUGCAGCCUUCAAAGGCACACAUCCAGAACUGGGUUUGACACACAUCCAGAAUAGUCCAAAUAUUAGGACUAUUUCUGAAUCUGCUUCGGAGAUUUGUCCUCCUUUCCAAUUUAACGGGAUCUCUCCAUCUUGUAAUGGGUCCGCAAAAGCUGAGAGCCCUUGCACGCUCUCUCCAACUAGGGAAAAGCUGGGGAGAAACUCUUGUAGUCCCCAAGAAACCCAGAGUGUCAGAAAGAUCUCCCCAAUAACUGCCCUUGGCUCCCCUCCUUCCUUGCCCAGAGAGGAACAUCCCUCUAUGGGCACCAGAAGUCUUGUUGCUGAAACCAGCCCAUUUAUUAAACCUGAAGACAGUGCUUCGUUGGGCCAGAGACCCGAACAAAUAACUAAAAUAAUAAGUCCGAGUAAGAGGAAAGGUUUAGAGAGAUGCCUGUCACCUACGUUCUCUUCCAGUAAUCCCAUGCACUUUGCCCAGGCUGUAGUAUUGUGCAAAAAAUUGGUUCUCAACAAGCCUCUUUCAGAUGAUUCUCAUGUAGAUCCAGGCUUCAAGAGUAGCAUUUCUUCCACAGAGGAUGCUGCGGAUGGGCAGCCUCUGCUCUUCUCAAGUCCUUCCAGACAAGAUUGGGACUCCCCGCUUGCGAUCUCAAAGCGAGGGUCUGGUGCCUAUGCGUUGCGUUGCACCGCCGACAGAAGGCAACGGGAAGCUGCCACACGGCUGGAGGAGGAGAAGAUGGCCACCUCUAAAACUUUCGGGGCCACAGCUACACCGCUGACCUAUGAGGUUGAGCUUGAAAUGCAAGCGUCUGGUCUGCCGAAGCUCCGUAUCAGAAAAGUGGCUUCCGAGGCCACCCAGCAGCCUCUCGAUUUGUAUGACAAACUCAGGGGGGAGGAAAACGGUCACCCUGUGGGGGAUAUUUCAGUGGCCUGGUGUAGUAGGCACCCGGAGAAAUUGGAACCCAUGUCCAUCUCACCAUCCUGCAUUCGCUCUGCCCACAAUACCCCUGGGAAGUUUGGGAUUGGCGGGCAGACUUACAUAUGCCAUUCCUAUUCCCCCACUCUCUGGACCUCAUCUACAACCUCCCCCUCCCAGAGCAGCGCUGGCGUCCCUUGGACCCCAUCUCCAAAAUGUAAUGGGAAGGUUACCCCCGAGGCCAUCAAAGAUUGGCCACGAAGGAAAAGGGCCACGGUGGGCUACAGCAGAAGCGAAAGGCUGGCAGAAGCAGUUGAAGAAGAGCCAGCUCCACCUCCUGGGACCCAGGAACCAUUAGAACUCUUCAGUAGCAGAAAGGUUCAGCUCUUGGGAGACCCAGAACUUGAAGGAAUUGAUAAACUUCAAGAUCAGUCAUUUGGCAGCGAUACAGAAGGCAAUAAGGAUGAGAACAUCUGCAGAAACACUCUGGUGCUAGAGUCCAGAAAAAGGGCUCAGGAGCAGAGAACACUGGGUGAGCAGGCUAGCCAGGAAACAAAAAGGCUAUGCCUAAUAAAAGAGAACCCCGGAGCAGCUGUCUACUCAACCGAACAGCUGAGCAUGGGACAACAGACUGUAUCCUCAAAGUCAACCAUCUUGGAGGACAUCUUCAACUUCUCAGAUAUGACUCCACCCAAAUCUUCAGGAAAUGGUGUGAUCUCUGCUAGUGGUCUGUGGGCCCUGGAACAGUCCCCACUCCUCUACAAAGGCCCUCAUGCAACCCAGAGGAAGUGCCCCAACGGGGAAGACCUGGAUAUGUUUGGAGCGGCAUACGAGGACUUGUCUCUUUUCCGCAGCACGCCUGCCAGAAAGAGAUCCAUUACCAGGACCUACUCACGGAAAAGGCCACUCUGCUGAAAUGAAAUGGCCAGCGGGAAUAUUUUGGAGCAAGACCUUCAAUCUCUUUGGGACAAAUGCUGCAAUCCAAAUCAGGAUUCAGUCACCACAAGGGAUCGCUUGUGCAUGGCUGGCAGUGAUUCAUGGCUGAGUUCCAAGAAGAGCAAAAAUUGAAUUCUGUAUUUCAGGGCUCUCCAAGCUUGGCCCCCUUAAGAUGUGCGGACUUCCAUUCCCAGAAUUCUGGGAGUUGAAGUCCACAAGCCUUAAAGUGGCCAAGCUUGGAGACCCCUGCUAUAUUUUAUAUAGGGUUUUUUUUAAAGUAAGGGCUAUGCCACUGUAUGGCCUUUGCAAAGUUUUAAGAGGAAUGCCCAGAACCGAGAGCAGUGAAAGCAACCACUU